AUGCCUUUAACUAAAAUUCCAAAAAAACGAGAGCCUUUAUGGAAAGAAUCGAACUUUAAUGCUGAUAAAAGAGGUGUCAGGAAUACGUUUUAUUCAGUAAACGGCGAUCAGUAUACUGGCGAGUGGGAAAAUAACAAGAAAAACGGUAAGACAUAUAUAUGAUGUAUAUUUGUAUGCUUCGAUUUGAGUGUGGUCACCCCCCGUACAAAAAAUGGAGACAUAAACAUAAUAGCUUUCUGGGGGCAGGUUAACCUAACAUUUAAAGCAAACUUCCAACAGCUUGUUUAGGAACUUGGAAAUAUUUCUUCAGAAAUCUUGUCUGGAUCAAUGAGAGCAAUUUGUUUGAAAGUAAUCGAGCAUCUGCCUCCCCCCCCUGAUGAAUAAAAUUGUCUGGUGUAUAUAGGCAGAGUAAAAAAACUAAAAAUAAUAAAGUAUAGGGCUCAAUGGUUGAUACAAUAAACUAUGAAAUGCCCUUAUUUUGAAAUACCUGCAAAUGGUUCUCGAUUCAUUAUUAUGAAUAGAGGGCCCCCUAUACCUCUUCACAAUAUGCUUUCACGUAAAAAUAUUUUGCCUUUUCACGAGUCACGGAUUAAGAAAAUCAUCGAUCACGUUUCACGGCUAAGUAAAAUAAGCCCUUCACGCUUCACGCAAAAAAAAGUAUAGGGGGCCUGAUCACGUUUCACGGCUAAGUAAAACAAGCGCUUCACGCAAAAAGUAUAGGGGGCCCUCUGAAUAGUGUAUCAGUGCAUGUAAGGUUUUGUUUGUAUUUGUUGUUAAGGGAAAGGUACACAGGUUUGGAAGAAAACCGGUGCGAUAUAUGACGGAGAUUGGAAGGAUGACCAGAGAUGUGGGUUUGGUACUCUGAGUUAUCCCAGUAACGACGUGUUCAGGAAAGUCUAUUCUGGAGGAUGGAAGAACGACAAACGACAUGUAUGUGAUGUGCAGUAUGAAAAAUUGUGGGAACCACUGAGUAAUGAAAACGUUUUAAAAUAUUUACCAUUUUUUGGGCUAUUAUUGUUUUGUAUAUUUAAAUCAAACUUUAUUCUUCCUAAAUUACAGAACAAUUUAGAACUGAUAGAGCUAUCCAGUUUAAAUAAAGUUAGUUUUCUUCUUGUAGCAACACAUACUAGACCAACAUUAAAUUAACCCAUUAAAUUAAAACAUACUUCACCUGAUGCAUCCUAAGUUAUUAUUUUACUCCGGUCUAACACCAGACAGACUAUUUUACUCUGUCUAAAGCCGGACAAUUUUACUCAUCAAGGGGAGAGCACUGAUCGAUGCUCAAUGGAUUAUUAGGGACUCUAUUUAGGUCCUUAUUGGACCUCUAGUUCAUUAUAACACAAUUAAGUUAAUAUAAAUACUAGACACUUUUAGACAUUUCAUCCUGGUCAUACAUUUUCAGGGCUAUGGUACAAAUUUUUACACCAAUACAGAAUACUAUGAAGGGGAGUGGUACACAAACAAGCGGAGUGGAUGGGGCCGGAUGUACUAUGGUGACGGUUCUGUGUACGAGGGAGAGUGGUUUAAUGAUUUGAAAAAUGGACAAGGAAUGCUCAGAUUAGGUAUACUUUUAUGCAAUUUACCACCUUAACCCUGUGGCAAUGCACCAGGAUGUGCCCUACUUUAUCAUUUUACUGUCAAAUGUCAGACAAUUUUGCUUGUCAAGGGGAGAGUGCUCCCACUCAAUGCAUGGGUUAAAGAAUAAUACUUGCUUGAACAUCAGUUUCUUUUUAUAUUAUAGCAAAUGAAAACAGAUAUGAGGGUUUGUGGAAAGAAGAUAAAAAACACGGGGAAGGGAAAUUUUUCUACUUGAAUAAAGGACAACUUUACACUGGAGUCUGGGUGGAAGAUAUUGCUAAGUGUGGGACAAUGGAAGAUUUUGGCCGGGAGGGUGCACCACAACCAACUAUUUAUCCUAUUCCCAAGGUGUGUGAAACUAUGAUACUUGAGCUUAUAAUAACCCUAGCUGGUUUAAUAACUUAAAACUAAAAGCAAACUUCCAACUCAAAGCAAACUUUCAGCUUCACAUAAUUUUGGAAAUAUUUCUUCAGAAAUCUUGUCUGGAUCAGUAGGAGUUUUCUUCUAUGAAGUUUUGAAAUAUUAACAAAGGGUUAUUGCUAAAUAUAAAUAAAUUAAAUUGAACAGCUUUGAACAACCGGACCCUGUGUUGAUUACAAAUAGGGUCACAAAUCUUUUCAGCUUACUUAAUUUAUAAUCCAAUUUUUUUAUAUUUUAGUGUGAAUUACUUGAUCAAACUGCAGUAACCAAAGAGGCAGAAGAGAAAUUUCUAGAACAGUGCGAAAAUCAAUAA